GUCAAAGGAAAUGCCAGUUCGUGAAUUAUAACGGCUGCAAUUAGUCAUUUUUCGAAAUAAAAUAAUUCUCAAUUAAAGUACACACCUGCAAUUCUAUCGCGUUCUUUUGUUUGAGAGAGUGUGUGCAGAAACGUAGCGUUAUGCGUUAGCAGGAAGGAGAUUGGUACAGAAAAAGAGUGCGGUACAGGGAAUGAACAAUGCGGUGGAAAGGGAAAGGAUAAGAGACAGAGAAUCAGAGAGAGGAAUAGGGAAGUAACAAUUGACACAACGGUCCAGAGAGAGUCAGUAGGAUGAAUAUGGCGGCAACAGAAGAGGUCAAGAAAAAAUCACCGAUCUAAUUGGAAACUCCGGACGGGUAUUCCCCAACGCCCCCACCACGCUGCUUACGCGCGACAGGUCGGCCUUCUCCAUAGUAUCUCAGCCACUUGCCGGCAGUUGUCGUUUAUACCUCGGCAAGCGCUGGUCAGCGACGUUGGGCUGCAGAUACGUGGAGGGUCAGGACAGUUGCAUUGAUUCCCAACGUAGAUCGAAUUAUAACGAGUUAAUUUGUUGCAAAAACUCAACUUUCGACGUAACCCAUAAAUAUGGCGUGUCAAGCUCUUGGACGGUGCCGCAUCUGCGCUCGCAAGCACAAAAUUGCCAUCUACGGAAGCGAAGAGAGGCAGCAUAUCCUCAUUGAGAAAGCCAACCUGAAGCUCAUUAUUUUGAACACCGUAUGCGCAGUCUGCAUUGCGAAAAUCGAACGAUUGAUAAAGAAGAUAGAUCCGGAUCCGAAUUUCAGCGACGGCAUCGAGCAUCAGGACAACUGCGAGACAAAGCCUAAUGUAAACUUGCAGUUGCCGCAAGAAGGACCUCGGGAAAGUAGCGAAAAGGUGAAUGAGAACAGUGAGAAAUCUGCGUCUAUCAGAUCGACAGCGAAGGAAGUCGCAUCUCCGUCCCAUGCCGAGCCGAAGUCUGAAGCGUUUGAGGGUUCGUCCGUAAUAUGUGAUGCAUGCGUAUCGUCUGAAGUCAGAAAUAUCCGUCACGCGAGUCCUCAAUGCUCCGGGGAUUUCCCGUCGGCGCUAAGCCCGUCUCUUCGUCCUUCCGACGACCACCGGCGAUCAGGGGGUUCACAAGGAACGAAAAGAGUGGUAAACCCAUGUUGCAAACGCCUUAGAAAUGACCAUUCAGAUAUUGGCGACAUGGCUGAUGAAACAAUUACUCCGGAAAAGUCACGGAAUGCGUCAAGAACACCCGCGAGUACCGCCGAGGGGAAAGUGAACAGUUUAUCGCCGGCUGGACCUCCCGCGUGUGCGAUUACCGUCAAAGUUCGCGGCUCGGACGGUAGUCUGUUGAGCGCCAAAAGGCGGGGCCGUUUCUUGUGGUGUGAAUUUUGUCAGAAGAGGUUUACACAUGCAGGCGACCUGAACAAACAUCGCCGGAAGCACACAGGGGAAAAACCGUACGAGUGUAAUCAGUGCCGACGGAAGUUUGCGCACGCUUCGAACUUGGUGAGGCAUCAACGUGUUCAUUCCGGCGAGAGACCGUUCGUCUGCACCAGAUGCAACCGAACAUUUACCAGGCGAGAUAAACUGACUGUCCAUGUUGCAGCGGGACGCUGCUAGGCGCCACGAACUAUCUGAGUGGAUAAUUUACAGGUUAGUUUUGUAAUCCCCGCCGCGUUAUCGAACGAUCUGAAUGGAGGAUUUAUAGAUUUUAGUUCUGUAAUCCUCGCCGCAUUAAUUACAGUCGUCGUACGGAAAUCGACGGCAAUCGUGAAACAAGUUCUACAGAGGAAUUAUACCUCGAAUUGUGCCGUCAGUGAGGAACUUAUGCAUCAGUGUCUAGAGCGAUCCUUGCCAUCAAUAGUACGCAGAAAAGAGUAUUAUUGUUCGCAAUACGCGAUCACAAACAAAACUUUAAAUAACCAACGAGCUUAUUGAGCCGCAAAAAGUGUGACGAUUUCGUACAUCUAUAAGCAUUGUCAAAUUUCAUAUAUUGUCGCAAAGCAAAUACGAUUGUCGUGUUUCAAAUCACUCUUUGCCUCGCGACUUUAAACUACGCGUAUCCUCACUGCUGGAGAUAUUUGAAGUUCGUUAAGCAAGAAACCUAGUUUUAGAAAUUACCUAUAAGCAAUAUUUCUUAAAUAAAAUAUGGUGUUAUUAAACUACUAUGUAAAUACAUAAAUU